AUGGAAUUUUUGAUUGACCCCCUUGUCUCUCAACUCUUCGAGAGGUUGUUUCAUGUAUUGGGGUCUGAUGAGGUGCGGGGAUUUGCCAGGCAACUUGUUGGAGGGGUAGAUUCAGUACUGGAUGAGCUCAAAACAAAGUUGGGAAUGAUUAAAGAUCUGCUUGACCGUGCAAAAGACAUACAAGUGAUGGAUGGGGCCUUAAAAGAGUGGCUUGUCAAUCUUCAACACUGGGCUUAUGAUGCAGAAGACGUGCUGGAUGAGUUUGCCUAUGAAGCUUUGCGACGCAGGCUCAAGGUAGAACAGCAGGCAAGCUCUAGCAACGGAUCGAGGUUCCUCUGUGAUAAUUUUCCUGGCCCCUUUUUCAAUGUUAAAAUUGGCUCCAAGAUCAAAAAGAUCAAUAAUCGGUUGGAACAACUCCGCCAGCAAAGAUCAGUUAUGCAAGAGCUUUCUGGAGUAACACCAAGUAAUGUCACACCGCAAAAACCAGAGGAAACUUCAAGCGUGCCGCAUGAAAAAUUUGUUCACGGCAGAGAUGAAGAUAAAGCCAAACUAGUUGCGAUGGUGAAAAGCGAUCUACCUUGUGGUAACAACUUUCGAGUGAUAGUCAUAGUCGGCAUGGGAGGGAUCGGCAAGACUACAAUUGCUCGAGAGGUGUACAAUCACAAGGAACCGGAAGGCUUCAAGUUUGAGGAAAAAGCUUGGAAGGCCGUGAGUGGGAAAAAAUUCUUGAUAGUAUUAGACGAUGUUUGGGAGGUGAAGAAUUACAACGAAUGGGAAAAGCUAACGUCUCCUUUCAAAGCUGGUGCACCCGGAAGCACGAUGAUCGUCACAACACGCGAUGAAAAUGUUGCAAAAACAAUAAGAUGCUCGGAUACUUAUCAUUUACCGAUUUUAUCCAAUGAAGCUUGUAAAUCCUUGUUUCAGGAGCAUGCACUUGCAGCUGGUACGACUGCUUAUGCAGAUCAAAUUACAGAGACAAUUUAUGAAAAGGUCGUUGAAAGGUGUAGUGGCCUGCCUCUGGCAGCAAGGACCCUCGGUGGUCUCCUAUUCUCGAAGCCGAUUGCUACUUGGGAAAAAAUACUGGACAACAAAAUAUGGAAUUCAUAUGAAAAUGACGUUCUUCCCGUAUUAAAGUUAAGUUAUCUUUAUCUCCCUCCUCAUUUAAAAAGAUGUUUCGCUUACUGUGCGAUUUUCCCGGAAGACUAUGAGUUCAAGGAGGAGGAACUUGUACUUUUGUGGAUGGCAGAAGGUAUUGUUCAACCAACUAAUGAGCAACUGGAUGAGACAGGUCAGUAUUUUCGUGAUUUAUGUUCAAGGUCACUCUUUCAAAAAUCAAGUAAUUUUGAUUCUGCAUAUGUAAUGCAUGACCUUGUUCAUAAUCUAGCUAAAUCUGUUUCUAAAGAAUUCAAUUUAAGUUCCGAGCAAGCCACUAUCAAGCUACCAGAAUGUACUGAAAGGAUUCGUCAUUUUUCUUAUAUUCCUUGUGGAAUAGAGGGAGAAGACAGAUUCAAAGGCUUGGAAAAACUUAAGAGUCUAAGAACAUUCUUGCCGCUGUUCAUGAGGUCUUCCUAUUAUGGAGAACAAUUUAUAAGUGCCAAGGUUAUUUUUGAUUUGUUGCCAAAAUUAAAGAAGUUGAGAGUAUUGUCUUUUGAUCGGUACAACAUCACUCAUUUACCUGAUUCAAUUGGAGAUUUGAUGCAUCUAAGGUAUCUCAACAUUUCUUACACUAAGAUUAAAUGUUUGCCUGAAUCAACAUGCUCUUUAUUGAACUUGCAAACUUUGCUAUUAAAAAAAUGUUCUUGUCUUAUGAAGUUACCUUCUAACAUGAGAUAUUUGACCAAUCUAUAUCAUCUUGAUAUAAGUGGUCAAAAUUCAUUGAAAGAAAUGCCAUCCAAAAUGAAGGAAUUGAAAAAUCUUCGAAUGCUAUCUAAUUUUAUAGUUGGCAAAGAAUCGAGUUGUAAUUUAGAAGAUUUGAAGAGCUUGAAUUUUCUUAAAGGUGAGCUUCGCAUUUUAAAAUUAGAGAAUGCAAAGCAAAUAGACGAGCUUAUAUUAAACAUCAAAAGAGAUUUAAAAGUGUUGUCAUUAGAGUGGGGGUCUCAAUUUGAUGUCCCACGAAAUGAGGGAGAAGAAAAAGAUGUUCUUGAGAUGUUGAAACCUCAUAGCAAUCUAGAAGAACUAACAAUUAAAUCCUAUGGUGGUUUAGAAUUUCCAUCUUGGUUAAGCACUUCAUCAUCACUCUCUAAAUUGAUGGUCCUUAGCUUAGAAAAUUGUGAAAAUUGCACAAGCUUGCCUUCUCAAAGCCUAUUGAGCUCACUUAAAGAGUUAAAAAUCAUAAACAUGCCAAAACUGGAAAGAAUAGACAUGCAAAGUCCUUUCAAUUCAUUGAAGAUUCUUUGUUUUCAGGAUUUGCAAAAAUGUCGAUAUUGGGACACAAAAGGAGAAAAUGAGAAUGUUGAAAGAUUCCCUAAACUUCGUAAGCUCUUAAUUAUUGAAUGUCCUGAACUUAUUGUAGAAUUGCACCAUCAUCUUCCUUCAUUGGAAGAACUCGUGAUUAAGAAGUGUGCAAAGUGGAUAGUUUCAUUUUCAAGUUUUCUAAAGCUCACCAUUUUCAGUAUUAAUGAGUGUAAGGAAGUGGUGCCUACUAGUAGUUCUACUAAUGAGAUCAUGUCCUUUAUGUCUGAAUCUCUUCAAAAUAUUGCAGAUUUAGAGGAUGAAAAUUGGUUGUGUCAAAAUUUCAAUUGUGUGGAGAAGCCGCUAAAAUGGAGUCAUAGCCUCACCUCUAUUAAAAGCUUAAGUAUAACAAAUUGCAGUAUUUCAUUUCUAAAUGCCAUCUUUCUUCCUAAUUUGAGAGAACUUAAUAUUACCAAUUGCAAGGCUCUAAAAUCUUUACCAAAAAGAUUGAAGCAAAACAACAUUGAAAGGUUGAUGAUUGCCAAGUGUGAUUCUUUAUUAUUCAUCGCUAGAAACACUCUGCCUUGGUCACUAAAACAAUUGGAGAUAUCAAAGUGUAAGAAAUUACAACAUUUGGAAGGUAUCAAUUCUACUCUUCUUGAAUCCUUAAAGAUUUACAGUUGCGAAUCUCUCAUGCAUCUAUUAUCACAAGGAUUGUUGCCUAACACACUCAAACGACUGAUCGUUGAAAAUUGUAUAAAUCUCACAACAUUAUCGUCAAGAAGCAGGUGCCUACUUAAAAAACUUGAAGACCUCGAUAUUGGGAAUUGUCCAAGGCUGAAGUCAAUAGAAGAGGCAUUACACAAUAGAUCGUGUCUUAAAAGAAUGUGUUUAUUUUGUCUUCAAAAUCUUGAUUUGUUUGGCAUACAGAAUCUUACUAGUCUUCAAAACUUAGAGAUAUGGGAUAGUUCAGUGUCAUUGCCGAUAGAAGGUAUUCCAACUAGCCUAACCUAUCUCUAUAUCAUUGGAGAUGCUGAACUGAGUAAGACACUAAUUAGAUGGGGGUUGCACAAACUCACCUCUCUUAAAAGUCUUAAUGUCAGUGGAUUUGAAGAUCCGGAGUUAAUUCUAUCAGAGGACCAACAAAUGCCCCGUUCUCUUGAAGAUUUGGUCAUCUCUACUUUGGCACCGUUCAGAUCAAUUUCAGACUUGGGCACACUCACCUCUCUUAAGAGAUUGGAGAUUCACAAUUCAAAUCUCAACUCAAUUCCAGACCUAGGAAGCCUUGUAUCACUUAAAAGCUUCAGUAUUUUGAACUGCCCAAAGAUCAAAUCAAUUACAGGUUUUGGAAGCCACUACACCCUUGAAGAAUUGGAUAUUUCUGGAUGCCCAGAGCUUGAAUCAGUUGCAGGCCUGAGAAAUCUUACUUCUCUUCAAACCUUGAGAAUUUUCAUUUGCCCAAAGCUCAAAUCCCUCACAAGCCCGCCACCCUCACUUCUGGAAUUAGAAAUUCGCAGAUGUGCAUUGAUAAUAAAACAUUGGAGGAGAGGUAAAGGGAAGUAUUGCUCAAAGAUUGCUCACAUCCCUAGAGUUCAAAUCAAUGGAAAAAUCGUCUUCAAUUCAAAGGAGUAG